AAAAGCGGCUGCGGAGCUGCCUGCUCGCUCCUUGGGAUUUACCGUCGGGAGAGGCUCCGCUCGGCUCGGGAAGGGCCCCCGCCCCCGCCGCCACCUCUCCUUCUCCUCCUCCUCCUCCUCCUCCAUCCUCCUCCUCCAUCCUCCAUCCCCACGGGCGGGCGCUGCACGCCCAGCCCCAUUCCAACCCCCCCAAACCCCCCCCCCCCCCAACCCCCGGACUUAGGGGUGGUGGUGGGUUUGUGAGUGUGUGUGUGUGUAGGGGGGGGGGGGAAGAUCCAGCGCCCCGAUUGCUGCCUGGUCCCAUGUGAACUGGAAGGCACGGCUAUGCUCCUGGGGACACCGCGCUCCGCCAAACUAAGGUCCUGGCCGCUACCAUGACUGAUGGCGAGAGCCGAGAGCCGCUGCCGCGCCCGGCCGGCGGAGGCGAGGUGCGGGUGCCCAUCACCGCGCCGCCCCGCCGCCCCGCCGAGCAGCCGCCGGAGGAUACCGGCUCCGGCCCCGGCUCCCCUUGCCGCGACCCGCCGCCCGACCUGGCCUCCGAGGAGGAGGAGCAGGUGCCUUACCCGGCGCUGGCACCCACCGCCUUCUUCUGCCUCAAGCAAACCACCCGCCCGCGCAGCUGGUGCCUCAGGCUGGUCUGUAACCCCUGGUUCGAGCACGUCAGCAUGCUGGUCAUCCUCCUGAACUGCGUCACCCUGGGCAUGUUCCAGCCCUGCGAGGACGUGGAGUGCCAGUCGGAGCGGUGCACCAUCCUGGAGGCAUUUGACGACUUCAUUUUCGCUUUCUUUGCGGUGGAGAUGGUCAUCAAGAUGGUGGCUCUGGGGAUCUUUGGGCAGAAGUGUUACCUUGGAGAUACAUGGAAUCGUCUGGACUUCUUCAUCGUGAUGGCGGGCAUGAUGGAGUAUUCUCUGGACGGACACAACGUGAGCUUGUCUGCGAUCCGCACCGUCCGGGUACUUCGGCCGCUACGAGCCAUUAACAGGGUCCCAAGUAUGCGAAUACUCGUCACCCUGCUGUUAGAUACUCUGCCUAUGUUAGGCAACGUCCUCCUCUUGUGUUUCUUUGUCUUCUUCAUCUUUGGGAUUGUCGGUGUGCAGCUCUGGGCAGGGCUGCUGAGAAACAGGUGUUUCCUAGACAGGAAUUUUGCAAUGACAUACAACCUUACCUUCCUGCAUCCGUACUACCGGACCGACGAAGCGGAGGAGAACCCGUUCAUCUGCUCAUCGCAUCGUGAAAACGGCAUGCAGAAAUGCUCCAACAUCCCAAACAGGAAGGAGUACAAGGUGGAGUGCACCUUGAGCAUGGACUCCUACACCCCGAGUUUAUACAACCCUGACUUCAGCAGCAGGAAUGCCUGCAUAAACUGGAACCAGUAUUACAACGUAUGCAUGGCAGGGGACGUAAACCCACACAACGGAGCUAUCAAUUUUGAUAAUAUUGGAUAUGCCUGGAUAGCUAUUUUUCAGGUUAUAACCCUGGAAGGAUGGGUUGACAUCAUGUAUUAUGUGAUGGAUGCACAUUCUUUUUACAAUUUUAUAUAUUUUAUAUUGCUUAUAAUAGUUGGUUCCUUCUUCAUGAUUAACUUGUGCCUGGUUGUGAUAGCAACACAGUUUUCUGAAACAAAGCAGCGGGAGAACCAGCUGAUGCAGGAGCAGCGGGCCCGUUAUCUCUCCAACGACAGCACAAUUGCCAGCUUCUCGGAGCCAGGUAGCUGCUACGAGGAGCUGCUCAAGUACAUCUGCCACAUCUUCAGGAAGGUGAAACGGCGGACAAUACGCUUGUACAAUAACUGGCAGAGUAGGCGCCGGAAAAAAGUUAACCCAAACAGCACCACAAAUGGGCAAAGCCACCGAGGCAAAAAGCGCAUCACCUCCAUACACCACCUCAUCCACCAUCACCACCACCACCACCACCACCACUAUCACAUCAGCAAUGGGAGCCCUCGGGGGCCACGCUCCAACCCUGAGAUCUGUGACCUGGAACUCAAGGUCAUGAAACCUGGAAGCCAAUUGAUGCUUCCUUCUCCGUCACCCAACUUGCAGAGCCCUGCUCCUCCUCCAGAUUCGGAGUCUGUGCACAGUAUUUACCACGCAGAUUGUCAUGUCGAAGGACCACAAGUGAACUGUAAGUCUUCCACCACCCCUGCAAGCAUUAAACUGACAGCUGGACUCUCCAACCACGGCAACAUGAACUAUCCUACCAUCCUGCCUUCUCCAACUAGCAAAGCCAGUUCUGUUCCAGUUCCCAAAGGAAAGAAGAAUGGCAAUUCACCUGUGGCCGUGGUUAAUAGCCCUGUAAAUUUGGGCACGGAUUCUUAUGGAAAGCUGCAGCAACUGGUAGGAGAACAUGGUCUGCGGCGGACGCCCAGCCGGCUGUCGGGGCUGAGCGCGGCCUGCCCGCUGCCCAGCCCGCCGGCUGGCACGCUGACCUGCGAGCUGCAGGACUGUCCCUUCUGCGCCAGCCUCCUGGAAGACCCCGAGUUCGCCUUCAGCGAGUCCGACAGCUGCGACUCCGACAGCAACGGCGUCUACGAGUUCACCCAGGACCUGCGGCAUGGCGACCACAGAGACCAGCUCCAGCAGCAGCGGGGCAGGAGGAGGAGGAAGAAGAAAAAACCCAAGGAGAGGAACAAGGUCACCCGCCUGUGGAAGGCUUUUGGCAGCAAGCUGAAGAAGAUCGUGGAGAGCAAGUACUUCAACCGGGGCAUUAUGAUAGCCAUUCUCAUCAACACGCUGAGCAUGGGCAUCGAGUACCACGAGCAGCCGGACGAGUUGACCAAUGCCUUGGAGAUCAGUAACAUCGUCUUCACAAGCAUGUUUGCCCUGGAGAUGCUCCUGAAGCUCCUUGCCUUUGGCCUCUUCGGCUACAUCAAGAACCCAUACAACAUCUUUGACGGGAUCAUAGUUGUCAUCAGUGUCUGGGAGAUCAUCGGCCAGUCGGACGGAGGCCUCUCGGUGCUACGAACUUUCCGGCUGCUCCGGGUGCUGAAACUGGUGCGUUUCAUGCCCGCUCUCCGUCGCCAGCUGGUGGUCCUGAUGAAGACAAUGGACAACGUAGCCACUUUCUGCAUGUUGCUCAUGCUCUUCAUCUUUAUCUUCAGCAUUCUCGGCAUGCAUCUUUUUGGAUGCAAGUUCAGCCUGAAAACUGACACAGGAGACACAGUUCCAGAUAGAAAGAAUUUUGAUUCCUUACUUUGGGCCAUUGUGACCGUAUUUCAGAUCCUCACUCAAGAGGACUGGAACGUGGUCCUGUACAAUGGGAUGGCAUCUACAUCCUCAUGGGCAGCACUCUACUUUGUGGCCCUGAUGACCUUCGGCAAUUAUGUGCUCUUCAACCUUCUUGUUGCCAUUCUGGUAGAAGGCUUCCAGGCAGAGGGUGAUGCCAAUAGGUCAGACACAGAUGAGGACAAGACAUCUGCCAACUUUGAUGAUGAUUUUGAAAAGCUAAAGGACCUCCGAGCAACAGAGAUGAAGAUGUACUCACUUGCUGUCACCCCAAACGGACACCUGGAAGGCAGGGGAAGCAUGCCACCUCCUAUAAUCAUGCGCACUGCUGCCACACCAAUGCCCACACCAAAGUGUUCCCCACACAUGGAUUCAGUGCACACUUUUGUGGACUCCAGGAGAGGGAGUAAUGCUUCGCUAGACCCCUUGAGCUACGAUCAGAAGUCCUUGUCCAGCCUCCGCAGUUCCCCUUGCGCCAACUGGGGCACCAACAGCAACUGGGGAAGCCGACGCUCGAGCUGGAAUAGCCUGGGCAGAGCCCCAAGCCUCAAGAAGAAGAACCAGUCAGGAGAAAGAGAGUCCUUGCUCUCCGGGGAGGGAAAAGGCAGCACAGAUGAUGACUCCGACGACGCCAAGUCCAGCACGGUCAGCAGGCCCUCGUUGCAUCGCCGGGCAGAGUCCCUGGACUAUCGCAGCUCCCUGGACCUGCCUGAGCUGCUCCAGUUGCCCACCAUGCGCCACUCGCUCAGCAUCAGCCCCCUGGCCGUUCUGCCUGCCGAGUACCAAGACUGCAACGGCAAGAUGGUUCACGUCCCCAGCGAGUUCUUCCUGCGUGUCGACAGCCACAAGGAGGAUGCCAUGGACUAUGAGGAUGACAUGGAUGAUAGUUACUGCUACCGAAUUCGUAAAGUCCUGGAGCCCUACAAACCACAGUGGUGCAAGAGUCAUGAAGACUGGUCCCUCUACUUGUUUUCCCCCCAGAAUCGGUUCAGAGUGAUGUGCCAGAAGGUCAUUGCUCACAAAAUGUUUGAUCACGUGGUGCUGGUCUUCAUAUUUCUCAACUGCAUCACUAUAGCACUGGAACGACCAGACAUAGACCCACACAGCACAGAAAGGAUAUUCCUAAGUGUUUCUAAUUACAUCUUUACUGCAAUCUUUGUGGCUGAAAUGAUGGUUAAGGUGGUAGCUCUUGGCUUUUUCUCUGGGGAGAACACCUAUCUGCAGAGCAGCUGGAAUGUCCUGGAUGGAGUCCUGGUCUUUGUAUCUAUCAUUGACAUUAUUGUCUCCAUGGCAUCAGCAGGCGGAGCAAAGAUCCUUGGUGUCCUUCGCGUUUUGAGACUUUUGCGGACCUUGAGACCUCUUCGAGUCAUCAGCAGAGCCCCAGGCUUGAAGCUGGUGGUAGAAACCUUGAUCUCCUCCUUGAGGCCUAUUGGGAAUAUUGUUCUCAUCUGCUGUGCUUUCUUCAUUAUCUUUGGGAUUUUAGGGGUCCAGCUUUUUAAAGGCAAGUUCUAUUACUGUGAUGGUCCUGAUGUAAAAAACAUCACUACGAAGACUGACUGCACUAAUGCACGCUACAAAUGGGUUCGGCGGAAGUACAAUUUUGACAACUUGGGACAGGCCCUCAUGUCCCUGUUUGUCCUCUCCUCCAAAGAUGGCUGGGUGAACAUUAUGUACGAUGGUUUGGACGCCGUGGGUAUUGACCAACAGCCCAUCCAGAACCAUAACCCUUGGAUGCUUCUCUACUUCAUCUCCUUCCUGCUCAUCGUCAGCUUCUUCGUGCUCAACAUGUUUGUGGGGGUGGUGGUGGAGAACUUUCACAAGUGCCGACAGCACCAGGAGGCAGAGGAGGCCCGGCGUCGGGAGGAGAAGCGGCUAAGACGCUUGGAGAAAAAGCGCAGGAGUAAGGAGAUAUACCUGUCUGAAGCCCAACGCAGGCCUUACUACGCUGACUAUUCCCCAGCACGGAAGUACAUUCACACCCUCUGCACCAGCCACUAUCUUGACCUCUUCAUCACGUUCAUCAUUGGGGUCAACGUCAUCACUAUGUCGAUGGAGCACUACAACCAGCCAAAGUCCCUGGAUGAAGCCCUGAAGUACUGCAACUAUGUGUUCACCAUAGUUUUUGUGUUCGAGGCAGUUCUGAAGUUGGUGGCAUUUGGUUUUCGAAGGUUCUUUAAGGACAGGUGGAAUCAGCUGGAUUUGGCCAUAGUUCUCUUAUCAAUUGUGGGAAUCACACUAGAGGAAAUUGAGAUGAAUGCUGCACUGCCCAUCAAUCCCACAAUAAUACGCAUCAUGCGGGUGCUGAGAAUAGCAAGAGUGCUGAAACUGCUUAAAAUGGCCACUGGGAUGCGAGCUCUCCUGGACACAGUUGUACAAGCACUUCCCCAGGUAGGGAACCUUGGCCUACUUUUUAUGCUCCUGUUUUUUAUCUAUGCUGCCCUGGGAGUGGAAUUGUUUGGCAAGCUAGACUGCAGUGAAGAAAAUCCUUGCGAAGGUCUGAGCCGGCAUGCAACUUUCACCAACUUUGGCAUGGCCUUUCUCACCCUUUUCAGGGUGUCAACGGGGGACAACUGGAAUGGUAUCAUGAAGGACACCCUCCGGGAAUGCACUCGGGAAGACAAACACUGCCUCAGUUACCUGCCUGUUAUCUCUCCUGUCUACUUCGUCACCUUCGUCCUCAUCGCACAGUUCGUCCUGGUCAACGUGGUGGUGGCAGUGCUGAUGAAACACUUGGAGGAGAGCAACAAGGAGGCCAAGGAGGAUGCUGAGAUGGAUGCUGAGAUCGAGUUGGAGAUGUCCAGAGGAGCAACCACCUCGGCCACCAGUGGGAGCAAGGGAGGUGCAGUGGCCCCGGCAAGCAGGGCACCCUUCAGAAGUCAGGAGACCACGAAGUCAGAGCCAGCGGUGCAGGAGGCGCUGAGCUGUGAAAAUGUGUCUUUAACCAUCCCAGACUCAGACGCGCUGGAGGGGGCAGAGACUCCCAUCAUGGAAAUCCCAUCCUUCUGCUCUGUUUCCCACCAUGUCCUGACACCCUCCCACAAAACCCCAGGCCACGAGGCUGAGGGUGGCGCAGCCUCUCUGAGGCCACAGGACUCUCAAAACCUGCUGACGGUCCGCAAGAUCUCCGUCUCCCGCAUGCACUCCUUGCCCAACGACAGCUACAUGUUCCGGCCAGUGAUGCCAGCGAAAGCCCCUUUCCCCCUCCACGAGGUGGAGAUGGAAACGUAUCCCUGCAAAUCCCAAAGAGGGUCCAUCACCUCCAUCCGCUCCCAGCCCGUGGGAACGUGUUCCUCUCUGAGAGUCCCAGCGGAGUCCCUUCAGCUGGCAGGCCGGACUCCCAGCCACGAAGGCUGCCACCGCUGGAAGAUCCUCCCCCCCCACAUCACACCUCGAUCUCCUACUCUGAACAAGCUGCUGUGCAGACAGGAGGCCAUUCGAACGGACUCCGCGGACGGGCAGGCUCCGGACCGCAAGGACAGCCUGCAAACAGAGCCUGGAGAGACACAACCAUCAGCAACACCACCCCAGAGCACCUUCACCCCCAGCCCACUCCAUCCCUCGGCUGCCUCCCUCCCGGGGACCCCCCCGCGCUCCCCCCCAUCCUCCCCGCAUCGUCACCCCAACACGCUCACGCGGAAGCACAGCUGCAGCCAGCACGGUGUCCCCAGCCGGACGCCCAGCCCCGGUGGCAGCCCUCCCAGCCCCGAGGGCUGCCUCUUCGAGUCCUCCGACCUGGCUGACGAGGAGGUUCGUCACAUCAACAGCUCGGCCAAAGACUGGGGAGGGGAGCACUCGGACACCGGGAGCCGCUCGACUUCGCCCUUCAUCUCCCCGGCCCCGUCUCCAGUUCCCCUCAAGAACUGCAGCACAACCAGCCUCUCCAGGGGCAGCAGCAAGGAGAAGGACUUGAAGAAGUUUUACAGCAUCGACACGAAGGGCUUCCUCAACAAGCCCAGCUGGGCUGACGACCAAAGGCGGCACUCCAUCGAGAUCUGCCCCUCCAUCAGCGACGGGGACUGUAGCUUUGAGGACCCUGUCGGGGAAAAGCACCGGUCCUCUGCCCACAUCCAGGCGGAGUCCGAGUACAUCCACGGAGCCCGGAGGAAGAAGAAGAUGAGCCCGCCCUGCAUUUCUAUAGAUCCUCCCAUGGAGGAUGACGGCGGGGCGGCCUCGCGCACCAAACCCUCCGAGAACAGCAUGCUGCGGCGAAGGACCCCGUCCUGCGAGUUCCCGGCUUACAGAGAGUCCCUGGAGCUCGCGGAGAGCCAGCCCGGGGAGCCGGCCCCCAAAGCGGAGCGCCGGGGCCAGCCCCCCUGCCGCGGGGAGCACCUGACCAUCCCCAACUUCUCCUUCGAGCAGUUGGACGGCGGCUCCUUGAGCAGCCUCUCGGAUCUCCUCCUGGACAGCGGUCAGGCCACGCCGGCCUGCGGGGACGCCCGGGGGGACCCCGGCGCCGCCGCCGAACUGAAAAAGCCGGAUCACUUAAAAACUCAGCGGAGCAACGCCGAGAAAAGCAAAGAGCUCCUGGGCAUCGCCAAGAGCCCCCUCCGGAAGCAGGACUUGGUUCCUGUGACUCUCGCAACAGAGGAAGACAUAGACGACCCAGUAUAGCUCACUGGGAGGGGGGAGCGGGGGGGUCUCAAGGGCUUGACACCAAUGUGGGUUUCCAAACCGAAGGGACUGAGCGGCCACAGGUCCGCGAGUGGCUGCUCUUGGGUUUUUGGUUUUUUUUUUUUUUUUUUUCUCCUUUCUCGCAGUCACUUGUUCUUAAGCGCUGUGGAGGUUUGCAAAAAAAAAAAAACAAAAAAACAAAAAAACAAAAAAACACCCACACACACCAGGAAAAAAAAAAAAAAAAAAAGACCACAACAACAACAAACAAAAACAAAUAGAGAAAAAAUUAAAAAAAGAAACCAAACAAACGGCUGGACGAAACGGUGAUGGGUUUCGGGGUGGGGGGAGUGGAUUUGCAAAGCGGUUUGGGGGUUUCUUUUCUAUAGGGAAGGUGGAGUCGAUGCAGGGGGUCGCUUCGUUCCUCCCACCCCCCUCCGUGGCCUCAAUCACAUUGAUUCGGGCUCGUGGCGGUUGGAAUUUGGGGGAUUCUCUUUGGGUUUUGUUGGUUUUGGUUUUUUAAAGAUGCUCAACUUUUAACAAGGCACCUUUUAGAGAUGUCACAUUACGCGGGAGUGCCCAGGAGAUGGGAGCUGUACAUUGUCUGUAUAUCAGCAGCUAUAUAAAUAGAAAUAAUGUAUUUGUGAGAUACAAAACAAGGAAAAAAGACAAAAAAAAAAUACCCACAAAAACUCUCUCUUCAUAAUGCACAUAUUUUUAUAGAGAAACAAUACUGUUUUUUGCAUUACAUGUGACUCUGCAACUGGGUGGUGUUUCCUUGGAUUUUACGUGGAACUAAUUAUUACGGCCAUUCGUUUUCCAACUGUUUCUCUUUCUUCACUUUCAGUUUUUCCUCUCCUUCCCUCCAUCAUCAUCCCACCAGCUUCUUUUCACAGCUGAUGCUUUAGACGUCUCUCUCAUUUUUCUUUUGUACUUUAGAGGUUGCCCUAACUACAGAAAAAAAAAAAAAAAACAAAACCAAAUCACUACUGAAUUGUAGCCAGUGCAAUAAUAAGUUAUUCAUUCUUGUCUGUACAACUGUCCUGUUGCUUUUUUUUUUUUUUUUUUUUCUUAACUGAAAUUCAGGUUAAAUGUCGCAAUAAUCUGAACUAACGUGCACAAACACAGUUUCUUGUGUUACAAAGAAAAAAAAAAAAAAAGACGAUAAAAAGGAAAAAGUUAAAUUUACAGAGAGAUAAAAAAAAAAAAAAAACAAAACAAAUAAAUAGUAAAUUAUUUAAGAAAUGUAUUUUGUUUACUGCAGUUCAAAGUAAAUUAUUGAUACAGUAUGUAAAGGUAUAAAGAGCUGUCUUAGGUGAUGUUCUUUGUGAGCAUUUAAGCUAAGGAUUUGUCCUCCUCGUAGCAGAAUGCCUUCGAAACCCCGGUGGCAGCCGUAACCGUCCCCUUUGCACUCUUUCUGUCGGUCUUCCCCCCGCACCCCCUGCACCCACACGAGGACACGUUCGCCUCCCACGGCCCCCCCGGCACCGGCUCCGACUGAGAAGCCUCUAGAGGAAUUCAGGUCACCUGCUAACACCACUUUUUUGGGUUGUUUUUUUUCUUUUUUUUUUUUUUUUUUCAGUUUUGGGGGUUGUUUUUUUUUUUUUUUUUUUUUUAGCCUCCAGUCCCUGCCCCCUCUCCCCACCCCCCCCUCUCACCGCGCGACAGCUUCGCCAUGGAAAAGCUGAUGUGAAAUAAGAGCAGCAACGAGCCCGUCGCGAGGACGCGCCGUCAGCCUGAGCGCCGGGCGGCGGCAAAAAGACAUACAGGGGAAAAAAAAAAAAAAAAAAAAAAAAAUUAAUUAAAACAAUCGUUUUUGUUUGGUUCGUUCCAUGCCGCCUCAUAUUUAUGCAUUCACAUAUAUCUUCUGUUAUUUAUGCAUUCAUUACUCAAAAGGAAAUGUAUCUUGUUUCACAUGUAUUAAACUGUAUAAACUGGAA